GCCUACCUCGCGCUCGGGGGCCGCCACGUGGACACCGCGCAGCUCUACGGGAACCACGCCGAGCUCGGCCGGGCCAUCCUGGAGUCGCGGGUUCCCAGGGAGGAGCUCUGGAUCACCUCCAAGGUGAAGAUCCUGCCAGGCCCCGACCACGCUGGGAGGACCGACGCCCCCGCCGCCAGGACGGCGGGCGACGUGGUCGCGGCGGUGGACAGCAGCCUGCGGGAGCUCAGGCUCGAAUACUUGGACCUCAUGUUGCUCCACCAUCCGUCGCAGGACGCGUCGGAGAGGGAGGCCGCCUGGCGCGGGCUCCUCGAGGCGCAGCGGCAGCGGAAGGUGAGGAACAUCGGCGUCUCCCAGUACACAGUGGCCAUGAUCCAGGAGCUGGAGCGGGCGACGGGCGUGCUGCCGGCGGUGAACCAGAUCCUGUACCACCCGUGGGCCGGCGCCGCGCAGCGGGAGAUCGUCGAGUGGUGCCGCGAGAAGGGCAUCCUGGUCACCGCCUUCUACUCGCUGAAGGGCGCCAAGGGGCCCGGGCAGAAGGCGGCGGUGGCGGAGGUCGCGUCGAGGCACGCGGCGACUGCCCCGCAGGUGCUCCUGCGGUGGGCGCUGGACCAGGGGGUCGUCGUGAUCCCCGGCGCGACCUCGGAGGAGCACAUCCGCGAGAACCUGCACCUCAAGGACUUCCACCUCGACGCCGCCGACCUGGCGACGCUCGGGGCCAGCGCGUGA